AUGGUUAUGAGCCUUAGAGUUUCUGAACUGCAAGUACUUCUGGGUUACGCGGGGAGGAACAAGCACGGACGAAAACACGAACUUCUCACAAAAGCACUGCAUUUGUUAAAGGCUGGCUGCAGUCCUGCUGUACAAAUGAAAAUCAAAGAACUCUAUAGGCGAAGGUUCCCUCAGAAAAUCAUGACACCUGCAGACUUAUCUAUCCCCAGCGUACACUCGAGCUCCAUGCCAGCAACCUUGUCUCCGUCUACCAUUCCACAGCUCAGUUACGAUGGCCACCCUGCCACGUCACCAUUGCUUCCCGUUUCGCUUCUGGGACCUAAACAUGAACUGGAACUCCCCCAUCUCACAUCUGCGCUCCACCCUGUCCAUCCCGACAUAAAACUUCAGAAAUUACCUUUUUAUGACUUGUUGGAUGAGCUGAUAAAACCUACCAGCCUAGCAUCAGAUAAUAGUCAGCGAUUUCGAGAAACCUGCUUUGCGUUUGCACUGACGCCACAACAAGUGCAGCAAAUCAGCAGUUCAAUGGAUAUUUCUGGGACCAAAUGUGACUUCACAGUACAGGUCCAGCUAAGGUUUUGUUUAUCAGAAACCAGUUGUCCACAAGAAGAUCACUUCCCACCCAAUCUGUGUGUGAAAGUAAAUGGGAAACCAUGCAGCCUUCCAGGCUAUCUUCCACCAACCAAAAAUGGUGUUGAACCAAAGCGACCUAGCCGACCAAUCAACAUUACCUCACUUGUCAGAUUAUCUACGACGGUACCAAACACAAUCGUUGUUUCAUGGACUGCGGAAAUUGGAAGAAACUAUUCCAUGGCAGUCUAUCUUGUAAAGCAGCUGUCCUCUACGGUGUUACUGCAGAGGUUGCGAGCAAAAGGAAUACGGAACCCUGAUCAUUCUAGAGCACUAAUUAAAGAGAAACUGACCGCUGAUCCAGACAGUGAAAUAGCAACAACAAGCUUAAGAGUUUCUCUUCUUUGUCCACUUGGUAAAAUGCGGCUAACUAUACCAUGUAGGGCCCUGACUUGUUCACACCUGCAAUGUUUUGAUGCCACUCUGUAUAUCCAAAUGAAUGAAAAGAAACCAACCUGGGUUUGCCCUGUCUGUGACAAGAAGGCUCCCUAUGAACAUCUCAUUAUUGAUGGGUUGUUCAUGGAAAUCCUGAAGUAUUGUACAGAUUGUGAUGAAAUUCAGUUUAAGGAGGAUGGAUCAUGGGCUCCUAUGAGAUCGAAGAAGGAAGUGCAGGAAGUAACUGCGUCUUACAACGGAGUUGAUGGAUGCAUAAGCUCUUCCUUGGAACAUCAGGUGUCUUCUCACCAACAGUCAAAUAAAAAUAAGAAAGUAGAAGUGAUUGAUUUAACCAUUGAUAGCUCAUCAGAUGAAGAGGAGGAAGAACCAUCUGCAAAGAGAAGCUGUCCUUCCAUAUCUCCAGCAUCACCAUUAAAUAAUAAGGGCAUUUUAAAUUUACCCCAUCAAGCAUCUCCUGUGUCAAGAACACCAAGCCUUCCUGCUGUUGACACUAGCUACAUCAAUACAUCACUUAUCCAAGACUACAGGCAUCCAUUCCAUAUGACACCUAUGCCUUAUGACUUACAAGGUUUAGAUUUCUUCCCUUUUCUGUCAGGAGACAAUCAGCAUUACAACACAUCCCUUCUUGCCGCUGCAGCUGCGGCAGUUUCCGCAUCAGAUGAUCAAGAACUCUUACACUCUCGUUUUUUCCCAUACACUUCAUCUCAGAUGUUUCUCGAUCAGCUAAAUGCAGGAGGAAGCAGUUCUCUGCCAGCCACAAAUGGUAGCAAUAGUGGCAGUAACAGCAGUCUUGUUUCCUCCAACAGCCUGCGAGAGAAUCAUGGUCAUCCAGUUGCAAGUAGGAGCAGCACGGACACGGCGUCUAUCUUUGGUAUCAUACCAGACAUUAUUUCGUUGGACUGAUUUUUGGAGUAAAUGAACUCGUCAGAGGAAAUCUUUGUGCUUGGUUUUACUUUAUGUUAGAAACAUAGACAAGUUUUUUUCCUUUUUUAGGGAAAAAAAUUUAUGUGUACAGAGAACAAAAGUAUAUUUUCAGUUUUACUUUUGUAUAUAAACCUAAGAUGGCCUCACUGGUAAAAAUAAGAAAAAAAAACACAAAACAAAAAAAAUUAACAAAAACAAGGAGCUUCAGUUCAUUUUUAUGGAUGCUGAAGAUUUUACACCUGUGCAUUUGUCAUGUGAGUUACUUUUUUUUCCCGGCAUAGUUUGGACACAAAUGGCAUUAUUUUCUUGACAGUAACAUAAACAGGAAAGGAGCUGAACUUCUAAAGUUCAAACUUGUGAGAGGGUUUUUUCUCCUCUUGGAGACAUUUACCUUUGGUGGUGGAAUCUAAUUCCCCCAUCCCAUAUUUAGUGCAGAUUUUAUUGUGCUUAAAGCAGAAUAAACCCUACCCAAACUGUUCCACAGCAUCCCCUCUGUUUGCAGGACAGAGCCGUUCAGGAGUGGGUUUGGUUUUUUAGGAUUUUUUUUGUCAUUUCUGGUUCUAUGUGACCCUCUAUUCAGAUGACCUUUUUUUUUUUUUUUUUAAAUUCCAUGCUUUAGUCAAGCAUGUUGCAAGCUCAUUAGUGCACCAAUUAUUCGUGAGGGCCAGACUCAAUAAAAUCUCAGGCUGAGGAAUUACUUGGCUGUGCUUAUGUGGGACAAGACAGAGAAUUUUUAUAGAAUCUAGCCCCAAAUAAAAGCAUUGACACAUUGGACUGUAGGGUUUUCUUUGUAAGAACUUAUUACGAAAUCCUUUUAAAAUAACUUAAGAUCCUAAUCAGCAAAAUAUUAAGCAUGUGUCGAAUUUGUGGAACUGCUUGUGCUUUAAAGUUAGCCAUGCGUGUAUAAAUGGCCUAUUGAAUUGAGGCCUAUCUUGUUCUGUCUGGAGAAACCUACUUUUAGCCGCAGUAGAUCAAAUUUCUGCUUAAAAGUGAACUUGUCAACAAAAGGAAGAAAAUACAAAUACCAACACACUAUUGCAUGGUUAGUGCAGCUGAUAAUGGUCUUGGUACACUGUCUUCUAAGUUCACAUUAAUCAAAAUUAAUAUUAAGUGUUCAAUGUGAGUCUCUUAAACCAAAAACCAACCCAAUAAAAAAGCCCCACCCUGUAGCCCAUGUACUCAAACAUAUUGCUACCUAUUGAAGUCUCUUAGGGUAGUGGAUUUCAAAAUUCAGUUUUCUCUUUUUGGCCUUGUAAUUAUUUUGAUUUCCCUGAUUUUUCAGUACGCUUAUGUUGAACUUUGAGCCAUACUUACUUCCUGGUUUCUUUUUUUUUUCCUCUCUCUCUCUUUUUAUUUUUUUUAAGUUGUGCAUGACAUAGGAAAAUCUUUUUUUAGAACUAAUGGGUCAUUUGGGCUGAUCCAUUCUUAUUAAAGAGUGAAAUGUGUAAAUAGCUGGAAUGCAGUUUUUCAGGAGAUUCUUUAAAGUAAGAGAAGGGAGAGGGAAGGAAGCGAUUCUCUUGUGUCCCAAAGUCCAUGUCAGAGAGAGUAAAUAUUUCCUCUGGUGUGAAAAAUAUUUUUAUAACUGGUUGAAAGUGCAGGUAACAAGUUUAUCAGGAAAGAGAGUUAAGGAAUACUAAAAUUAGCAGAUUCUUGUCUGAACUUUUAAUGUCCAAAACUGUCGAAUUGCAGCUAGUUGCUUUGAGCAUUGACAAGGGCCACCUUUUGCCUAUGAAGUUGUCUCAAAAUCUUGCAUUGAUUAAAAAAGAAAAAAAAAAAGGAAAAAAAAA